CAUUAUCUUCAUUUUCGGGAUUGAACUCUUCAAGUUUAGGGUCAGAGGGCGUGGAAAAACCUUAGCAUAGGCAGCCAUGGCGGAUUCUGCUAGCACCGAUAUCAACUCUGAAAUCGAUAAUAACACCAACCUUAGCCCGACACCUCCAUCCGAUACCAGUCGCGACGCCGGUACACCCAUAAAUCAAUCAAGCUCACCCGUUGUUUGCCUCGUAAAGUUUGCCGGCGAUGCUGCUGCCGGCGCUGCCAUGGGAUCCAUUUUCGGCUACGGCUCAGGAUUGUUUAAGAAGAAAGGCUUUAAGGGUUCCUUUGCAGAAGCUGGAUCUUCUGCAAAGUCAUUUGCAAUCUUAUCUGGAGUUCACAGUCUGGUUGUUUGCUUUCUGAGGAGACUGAGAGGAAAGGAUGAUGUUAUAAACGCUGGAGUGGCUGGAUGCUGCACCGGUCUUGCUUUGAGUUUCCCAGGUGCACCUCAGGCCCUUUUUCAGAGCUGCCUCACAUUUGGGGCAUUCUCAUUUAUCAUUGAAGGGCUAAACAGACAGCAGCCCGCAAUGGCAUUUACACAGCCAAUGAUAUCGAGAGAUAUGCCCCAAUUAAUAAACGCUGUUCCUCCCCUGGCAUUUGCUAUUCCUGAUGAACUCAAAAAAUCAUUCUCCGUCUUUUGUCAGUCAAUAAGAACACGGAGCAAGAGCAGCAGCAGUUUCGGUUUCUAGUUGUGAAACAUUCAUAUUUUGGAAGUUUGUAAUUUUUCUUUUGUAGUGAGUUUUUAGUGGAUCUUGUGUCCCAAAAUCCUAUCAAAUAUUCUUCUUUCUAUAUAAAGACUAUUAAGAAUCUUUCACUUGCUA